UUCAGGCUGGUAAACAGACUGGAAUUUGAGUGAAGAGUAGGGCAGGGAAGGAGUCAUUAGAUUUUUGAGACUGAGAUCAAGGUCUUGGAACAGAGAGGAUUUAGCUAUGAACCUCAUGAAUAUAGCUGGCAAUAAGCACUAAUCCAUCUGAACCAAGAUUACCAUAGGUCCCAGAAGUCCAAGACUUUGGAGGCCAGGAAAGGAUUCUAUCCCACGGACUAGAGCUGAGAGGUUUGGAAGACUCGCCCAGUCUACGGAAUUUCCACUAGCCUUUUUUCCCCCUUUUCUUUCAACAGCGAUCUCAAGAAAGGACAAUAAUUUCAUGAGACAUGACAGAGGCUACUGAGCCUGCGGUUAGGGACCUCACUCCCCAGGAGAAUGCAGAACCCCCUGCACUGUUGGAAAAGGGAACCGGAGAACUGGGGCCUGCUACUGGGGCUAAAGAGGAGGAGCAGGGGACGGAGGUAAAAUACAGUGAGGACAAGCGGUAUUCUGAAGAAGAUGCUACUGGAGACGGGGCGGGAGCAGUUGCCCCAGUUGAGACUCCCAAGGAGGUGAGGGAGGAAGUAGGAGCAACAAUUGGCCAAGUAGACCACAAGGAAGGUGAAGGAAGUGGAACGCUGACGCCAAGCGACUUGGAGGAGGAUACACAGAAAAAACACGAAGACAAAAUAAGGGAACCCCCCGAGAACGUAGAGGAUCAAAAAGAACAGCAAAAGGAGGAGAAGGAAGAGAGGAGUGAAGUACUGGACGAUGUAGAAGGAAAGACAGUCUGCCAGGAAAGGAGAUGGGAGCUGGAGGACUGUGGCAAUACUGAGCUCCAAAGGCAAGAGGAGAGCCACAGAGCAGCCAAAGGAGCCCAGGACCCGGGAGACCCGGAGCCAGAGGCAGAGGUAGGGGCGGAGCACAACGCUGCGGGUGAAGCAGCAGCUGUAACUACAGCAGCAGCAGCGGGAGCAGCUUCCCAGGAAACGGUCCAGGGAGGCGUGAAGCUGUUACAACCCGAGGGAAAUCUAGCAGAGCCUGGAGCUGGGAUGGAUGUAGAGGACCCGGAAAGAGGGGAGGUGAAAGAACCAAAAGAUAGAAAUUCUGAAAAUGGAGAGAGCUACGAAGGAGAAGAAAACAGUCCUGUGCUCCGAAUGGAGCUUGUAGAUUCAACGGCAUUGGAGCAGCAGGAAGAAGCGGAAGGGCAACGGAACCCUGAGGAGAGGGGCAGUUUGACAGAUGAUGCGCGGGAAAAUGAGGCUCUCCAAGGUACACGUUAUGCCGAGAAUACAGAAGUUGAAUCUGCAGAAGGACUGGCAGAGGAGGAAAGCGGAGGACCGGAAAGUGUAAAGGACUCCGCCGCCGGAGGGGAUCCUAGAGAAUCUGGGCAGGUGGAAUGUGAAAGUCUUGGUGCCAACAGGGAUGUCCAGGAAGAAGCCCUGGAAGAGGGGAAAGAAAAUUGGGAUGAGGAACAACCUAACGUAGAAGUCACGGUCCAAGGGGAGGAAGAAAACCUUGAUGGGAGCCCACAGAAGGAAGAAGAAAACGAGACUACUUCAGAGAAAAAGUUAGAGGCAGAGCUGAGUAACCACCUGUCGGAGACGAGCUCCGAAGAUGCCCCUGCUGAAGCCGAGACAAAUAAAUUAGAGGAAGGGCUGAAUGGUCCGGGAGAGGAAGGAGAAAUAUACGAGGAGGAGGCUUCAGGAGACAGAGCUUCAGCACCCCCACUGGCCCUGGGGAACGAACACGACAUUUCCCUUUUUGUCAAGGCUGGUUAUGAUGGUGAGAGCAUUGGAAAUUGCCCAUUUUCUCAGCGACUUUUUAUGAUACUUUGGCUAAAAGGUGUUAUAUUUAAUGUUACAACAGUGGACUUGAAAAGAAAACCGGCAGACUUGCAGGAUCUGGCUCCUGGAACAAACCCACCUUUUAUGACUUUUGACGGAGAAGUAAAGACAGAUGUGAAUAAGAUCGAGGAAUUCUUAGAAGAAAAAUUAGCCCCACCAAGGUAUCCUAAGCUUGGAACCCAACACAUGGAAUCAAACUCUGCAGGAAAUGAUGUAUUUGCAAAAUUUUCAGCAUUUAUAAAAAACACCAAAAAGGAUGCCAAUGAGAAUUUGGAAAAAAAUCUGAUAAAAGCUUUGAAGAAACUAGAUAAUUACUUAAAUACCCCUCUGCCUGAUGAAAUUGAUGCCUAUAAUUCAGAAGACAUCACUGUUUCCAACAGGAAGUUCCUUGAUGGGAAUGAACUCAGUUUAGCAGAUUGUAAUCUUCUACCUAAACUCCAUAUCAUUAAGAUUGUGGCCAAGAAAUACAGGAAUUUUGAGUUUCCCUCUGAAAUGACUGGCCUAUGGAGAUAUUUGAACAAUGCUUACACUAGAGAUGAGUUCACAAAUACCUGCCCUGCUGACCAGGAGAUUGAGUAUGCAUAUUCUGAUGUGGCGAAAAGGAUGAAAUAACGCCAUUAUCUCUUCUGGUUUUCUUUAAAAAUGGAAAUGGAUCAAGUGGUGCACCAAAAAAACGUUUUCCUGUUUUGUUUUUAGGUUUUGCCAAUGGCCAAUCCUUUAAAAAAAAAAACUACAACCAAACUUGUAGUGUGAUCUGCUCAUUGUAAAAUA